GUCCAUCAUUGUUGCUUCUACUGCAGAUUCGUCGGUCUAUGGAGUCAAUCAGGCUCAGUUCAACAGCGUCUUCCUGUUUCGAAACUUAUUUGUCACCACUGUCGUGAGAAGGGUCAUCUUCAAAAACACUGUUGACGUCGUAACUACUGUGUUUAUUGUAAAUGACUUGGUCAUGUUAUCCUGGAUUGCACAAGUCGACAGCGGAAUGAAGCGAUGUAUGGAUCUAAUUCUGGUGGGCUGUGGUCCACUGGGAACUCUGCUGCGGGUAGUAAUGGCAAAGCAGCUGGAGGGAAUUGGGGCUCUGGACGCGCAGAAUUUUCUGCUGGCGGACAAGCUGGUGAGCGCCCAGCUCGGCCAGUCUUUGUCACUACUCCAGCUGAUAUCGCUGGCGCUAGAAGUAGCUCCGCCAUAUCUUCCACGACUGUAGAGGAGUUGGUUAAUUCCGCUAUUCAAAAAUGACUUCCCACAGCAAUUAGUGCUGCAUUUGCAACACUUCAAGGUUCCGGUAAGACCUCUCCUUGGCUAUUAGAUUCUGCUUGUUUCAACCAUAUGACAUUUAAUGCAGCUAGUCUUAAAAAUUUGAUGCCCGUUAAUAAUAUGGCACUUCAAGUGGCGAAUGGUCAGCAAUUGGUUGUGAAUGGGAUUGGGUGUGUAUCUGAUUCGACCAUGGCUUUGUCUCAUACUCUACAUGUUCCUGACUUCCAACACUCGUUCCUAACCUGGUUUCAGUCGGUCAUCUUACUAACAAAGGUUGUUCUGUGUUGUUUGCGCCUUCUGGUUGUUUCAUACAGGAUUUGAAGAUGGGCAGGCAGAUCGGAAGGGGGAGUAAACGCGGGAGAGUUUUUUACCUGGAGGAGCUUCAUGAUAGUUCUGAGUCGUUUAUCGUCAGUAGUCAUGUUAGUAGGGCUGUCAGUAGUCCUGGUCGGUCUUUGUUGUCUGGUACUUCUUCACCUUUUUGUUUUUUGAGUCAGUCUGACAAUGUUUGGAGUCUUUGGCAUUCGCGGUUGGUUCAUUCUAAUAAUGAUCGUCUUGCUAUGAUGUUUAGACAGUCUUUACUGCGCAAACAUCUUGUUAGUUUCCCUGCAAAACAUUCUUGUACCAACUGUGUUGAAGCUAAAACCGUUAGUUCCUCCUUUCUGUUGAGUACUACUGUCAUUAGUGAGCCUUUCAUAUCAUUCAUACUGAUCUCUGGGGUCCCGCGCCUGUCCCUUCACGACGUGGCUAUCGUUAUUUUUCACUUUUUAUAUAUUAUGCCGCUCGUUUUAGGUGGAUAUAUUUCCUUCGUUUGAAAUCCGACCUUUGUUCUAUGGCCAUUGAGUUUUUAAAAAUGAUUCAGACCCAGUUUGGCCACCCAGUUAAGAUUGUUCGUUUUGAUCCUGGGGGUGAGUUUAGCUCAAUUCCUCUGCAUGACGUUUAUUGUUCCAUGGGUUUUUUAAGUCAAAUGUCAUGUCCUGGCAUUUCCCAACAGAAUGGACUUGUGGAAUAAAAGAAUCGUCAUGUAGCCGAACUUAUGUGUGAUCUUCUUCUUGACUCUCGUGUUCCUGGUCGUUUGUGGCCUGAGGCAGCUGCUACUACAGUAUGCUUGAUUAACUAUCAGAUCACUCCUGUUCUGCGUCACACCUGUCCAUAUUAUGCCCUUUAUUCUCACCAUCCUGAUUAUUCUCGUCUUCGGAUUUUUGGGUGUCUUUGUUUUGUUCUUCUUCCAAAACGUGAGCUUACUAAGUUGUCCUCAAAGACUGCUCGUUAUGUUUUUCUUGGUUAUAGUGAUGUGCAUAAGGGCUAUCUCUGCUUUGAUCCUGUGUUACAACGUAUGCUAAUGGCUGCCACCGUCGUGUUCUUUGAUCAUCUCAUGUAUUUUUCACAUGGGUAUACUUCUGAUACCUAUCCAUUUUCCGAUCAGCCUUUGCCUGUGUUUGAUCAUAUUGAUGGUGAUAUUCCUACUCUCCCUCCUGACGACCCACACACUCCCCCGCUUCAUCAAGAUCUUCCUCCCAACGACCCUCCUUCUCCGGUCACUGCUAGCUCCUCAUCUCGCACGGAUAGCACUUCCAGAUCAUCUCCAUCCACUGCCAGCUCACACUCCUCGUCCAGCGCUGCUAGUUCUCAUGAGAGUUCUCCGUCUCCCUCACCCGAGGCUCCUCCUCCUUGCCGCUCCAAUCGCACAACACAGGGUAUUCCACCUCUCCAUUUUCAGGAUUAUUUUGCUUAUGAUGUUGAGUCCUUGAUUGUGCCCACUCGCUACAAGCAAGCUAAGGGUGACCCAAAGUGGGAACAGGCUAUGAAACGUGAGCUUGCUGCUCUUCAUGAAAAUAACACCUGGAUCUUGGUUACUCGUCCUCCACCUUCAACUUCAGUUGUUGGUUGUCGUUGGGUGUACACGAUUAAGAUGAACCCCGAUGGUACAGUGGAUCGCUAUAAGGCUCGCUUGGUCGCUCAAGGUUUUACACAAGAAUUGGGUGUUGACUAUAAUGAAAUAUUUGCCCCAGUUGUGAAGAUGUCUACGGUUCGUACCUUACUUGCCGUUGCAGCUCAACAGAACUGGCCACUUUUUCAGAUGAACGCCAAGAAUGCUUUUCUCCAUGGGGAUUUGGACGAGGACAUAUAUAUGGAGCUUCCUCCUGGCUAUACCCUCGGUGCUCCUGGUCAGGUCUGUAAGCUACAACAGUCUUUAUAUGGUCUUAAACAGGCACCCAGGGCGUGGUUUGAGAAAUUUCAGUCUUCUAUCACUGGUUUGAGAUUUCUGCAAAGUCUGAAUGAUCCAUCAUUGUUCACUCGCACUACUUCUUCGGGGAUUGUUGCACUCUUACUAUAUGUUGAUGAUAUGAUCAUCACCGAGACUGAUUUGGUGGGUAUUCAACGUCUCAAGGAUGGUCUUCAUGCUUCGUUCAGUCUCAAGGAUCUCUGUGAUCUUUCUUAUUUUCUUGAUCUUGAAGUUCAACGCAGUUCUCGCGCUAUCUUGCUCAGUCAGCGUAAGUACCUAACUGACUUACUAGCGGAGCAUCAUUUUGCCGGCUGUAAACCGGUCUCCACUCCCAUGGAACCUAAUCUGAGUCUUGGUCGUGAUUCUGGUGCUCAGCCUGUUGACGACUCCUCCUACCAUAGUAUUGUGGGAGUCUCAUUUACUUAUCCGCCACUCGUCCUGACAUAUCUUACGCCGUUCAGCUGGUUAGUCAGUUCAUGUCCACUCUUCGUACUGAUCACCUUGCCACAGUUCAUCGUAUUCUUCGCUACCUUCAUGGAACUCGUGAUGUUGGUAUGUUUUUUCCUUCAUCUGGUCCUACUAGUUUACGUGCAUACUCUAAUUCCGAUCUUGCUGGCUGUGUGGAUACUCGUCGCUCUACUUCUGGUUGGUGUAUCCAGUAUGGGGGUGCCUUUAUUUCUUGGAGGUGUAAGAAGCAAGAGAAGGUCUCUAAGUCAUCUACUGAGGCCGAGUACCGGUCCAUGUAUGAGGUUGCCUCUUAGCUCGUGUGGCUACGUCGCCUCUUGCUCGAUUUUGGUAUGGUGUGUCCACUUCCCAUGGAUCUUUUUGUUGACAAUACCAGUUCUAUCUGCAUUGCUGUUAAUCCUGUCUUGCACGAUCGUACUAAACAUAUUAAGAUCUACGUGCAUUACAUUCGGGGUCUGGUUCGCGAUGGCGAGAUCACACUACAUUACAUUCGCACUGAGGAACAAGUUGCUGAUCUGCUGACCAAGGCUUUUCCAUCGAGUCGUCAUUGGUAUCUGUCAAGCAAAUUGAUGCUCUCUGCUCCGCAUCAAUUUGGGGGAGGCUGUUAGACGAACUGUGUAUCGUUUUUCAUUUGUACAUAUUAUUUUGGGCUUUAGACUUGUUGGUGAUUGGGCUUACUUAUGACCCAUGCAACCUAUGCAUGGAGAGGAUCGGCUGUACGUGUAGAAUUCCUCUCCUAGGGUUUGGUUAUAGGUGCUAAGUAUAUAUAAGUUUAAUGAACAAUGGCGGCUGUAAGGCGAUGAUACCAAAAUAGUGAAUUGUACUCGAAGAGUCCUAACUCUUCUGUGGAUUAGUCCUGGAGUUAUAGGGAUACCACGUAAAUCGGUUGCCUGUUCCUUUCCUUUCCAUUAUCUGUGAUUAUCUUACAAAGAGACGUCGGGUGGAUGGUGGUUUCUGCUCAUCAUCUCAUGGGAUUUUGUACCAAGAUAGGGGAAUGAGGUUGCACUUGCCUUCGCUCAUUUAUUGGGCCCCUAGAAUAAGACUAUCACCUGGGUUGAUCGAUCUCCCAUGCAAUUAUUGGAUCACAUUAUAAAGGACUCAUAUGUAGAAAGAUUUGGGUCUGAAUGUUUGACAUGUUGAAUUAGUGUAUGAAUAAGAAAAAGAUUUCCUAUAUAUAUAUAUAUAUAUAUAUAUAUAUAUAUAUAUAUAUUAAAAUAAACCUUGGCUUUAAAUUCAACUAGAAUCAAUGUCCGCGGCUACGCUGCAGGGAGUAUACGGUUAUAGGGAAGAAAAUUUGGUUAUGGUCAUGCAAGUUAAUUGAAGUCGGAUUUGAAUUUUACGAUUAAUAGUUAAUCGAGAAGAAUAAAAUGAUGAAUAUAAUAGUUGCAUAGUUGGUUUUAGCUAAUCUUUGGUGUUUGGUGUAACUGCACACCAAAAUGCAAAACAAAAUCCUUAGAUAAUUGCAAAAUUAAACUACCCCAAAGCCCAAUGCCCUAUUCUAUUAGAUAAUAUGGUUGAUCAAGCAUCUCUCUCUUGCUUCCCCAUCCCUCUUUCCCUUAUCCAUUCAACCAACUAAAGGUGAAAUAUAACAACUAUUGCAGCUUAUUUAUUAUUGCCAUGAGCUCCUGCCUAAUUUUAUUUACCAAUCGAAUUCAGGCAAGAAACUGUAAGAAUGAUUUGUGAGCUAUAAAUUGGAAGCUAUAACAGGAAGAACUGAAGAGAAGGAUUACUGGUAGAUGUUCGAUUGUUCCUGUUGUAAGCCUCUAUGGUGUGUAAAGUGCAAAUAGAAGAAUGACACCAAAUUGUGCAUUAGCUCAUCCAAUAGCAGACCACUACUUGAAUAUGCACAGGAUUAAACAUCGACAUUAGGCCUAUGAAGUGCAUAUCAAAGAAUGACCGGAAAUUGUGCAUCAGUCUCAUCCAACAGCAAAAAAAUACAGAUCAAGAACUAAUAAUGACUUGUUAACUCUACAUUAGUCUCAUCCAUUUCAACACAACAGCAGGCAAAGAGAAGCUGUUCCAGAAGCACGAAAUCAAUACUGAGAAGCUUCAAGCUUGCCUUUAUGUUAAAUUUUGCAGCAUAAGCAUAAUGAAAAACAAAAUCAAAAUGUUGUCCAUGCGCAAUCAUCAACAACUCAUAAGAAAGUAGUAAGUAUACGGUAGUUUUCUUGCUAGAAAUGAAGUGUUGGUAGAACA